AUGAUCAACUAUGUUUUAGAUUGGUGUCAAACUGCAUUUUUCAAGAAGAUCAUAGUGCUAAGUCAAGAAGAAAGUAAUGAAGAUAUUAAAAAAGAAAUCGAAAAUUACAAAAAACAAAAGAGCGAAGAGUUGGCAAAUUCAAGUGAUCCUAAUGAUGUUUAUGAAACUCCAAUUGAAAUAGUACUGAUGAGUUGUGAAAAUAGUGGAGAAGUAUUUUAUAAUUUAUUUAAAGAUCCAAAAAUUAAAUUGUCAAUAGACAAUUUUAUAGCAUUACCUUGUGAUUUUAUAACAGAUUUACCACCACAAGUUUUAAUUGAAAGAUUUAGAAAUAGGAGAGAUGAAGACCUAGGAAUAUAUGUAUCUUAUAAAAAUCAAUUAGAUAUAGAAGAUAAAAAACUGAAAAUAUUUGGUAAGUCAUAUACGAUUUAUUCAAAUGAGGAUGAUUCAAGUUUUUUGGAUCUUUAUAAUAAAGAAGAAGUGGAUCAUUCUAAAAUAUUACAAAUAAGAAUGCAAAUGUGUCAAAGAUUUCCAAACUCAACUCUAAGUACAAAAUUACUAAACAGUGGGAUCUUCUUAGGUUCAAAUAAAAUAUUCGACAUAAUAAAUGAAGAAAAUAGUAAAUUCAACGAAUCAUACUUUGAAAGAAGAAAUUUUCAAAAAUUUAUACGUGAUCUAGCAAGAAGAUCAUGGAAACAUUCAAACUUAAAAGAGACUAUUGGUUUUAUGGAAAUACCGUCUCAAGCUACUUUUUUCAGAGUCAAUAAAUUACCAGUAUGGAUGGAAGCUAAUAGACAUUUCAUGAAACAACAAGCAAUGAGUAAAGGUCAAGCACAUCAACAACAAAAAGAUAAAUCUUCUGCACAUGUAGGAAAUGACUCAACUGUAGGUGAGAAUACAACUUUAGGUGAGAAAACCAAUGUUAAAAGAAGUGUAAUAGGAUCAAAUUGUAAAAUAGGGAAUAAAGUUAGAAUAACGGGAUGUUUAAUAUUAGAUAAUGUAACAAUAGAAGAUGAUGUACAACUCGAUAAUUGCAUAGUAGGGCAUGACGUAACAAUUCAUUCAAAAUCAAAAUUAACAAAUUGUAAUAUAGAAUCAACAAAUGAAGUUAUAUCAGGUACUCAAUCGAAGGGAGACACGUUAUUAUGUUUAAGUUUAGAGAAUCUUGAAGAUGGUGAAAGUGAAGAAGAAUUUGUUUUACAAGAAGGACCACUUAGUGACUCAAGUUCUGAAGAAGAAGAAGAAGAUGAUGAUGAAAGUGAAGAUGAAAGUGAAUUUGAAGAUGAAUAUACCGGAAAUGAAGAUGGUUUAUUCGAUUAUUAA